UUUCCCAAUAGAAUCAUGGGUUUGAAGGCCUUCUUACCCUUGGCUGUUGCACUUGUUCUUCUCCUCUCUUCAGUGAUGGCAGCUAGCGACUUAACCGAUACCAAGAUGGAGGAGAAAUCACAGAAGGCAACGCAGACAGGAGAGUUUAAGAACGCCAAAUAUGGAGGUUAUGGUGGGUACCCGGGUGGUGGUUAUGGUGGGUACCCUGGUGGAGGAUAUGGACGGAACCCAGGCGGUGGCUACGGCGGGUAUCCAGGUGGUGGCUACGGAGGGGGCUAUUGUCAAUACGGUUGUUGUGGUGGCGGUGGUUACUAUGGAGGAGGAGGAGGUUGCCAACGAUGCUGCUCCUACGCCGGAGAAGCUGCGGACACAGUGACUGAAAAGAACAAACCUCACAACUGUAUUGAUGUCUUCAAGCUAAUCCUUGCUCUGCCCGAGGCUGAUAUAAAUCAUUACUGUGGCCUGGAUAAGAGCACUGUUCUCCACCAUGCCGACUCUGGUGGAUCUGUAAACGUUGUGAAUCUGCUUUUGUUGGUUUUUCUAUUCGAGAGCAAUGGUUUUGAUGGUUUUUCUAUUGGAGAGUUCAGUUUGCGGGUUUCCACAACCACAUCGAAUUCAAAUUCACCCCCUUUGUCAUCAUCCCCAGAGAAUGGAUCUCUGUUGUCUGCCUCAGAAUCGACUUCAUCUCCCAUGAUCAAGUCUCUAAAGUCUUCAAGGGAUUCUCAUCCUUCUUCUACUUCUGCGAGUGUGUUGCAGUGGUUUUCCGUGAGGAAAAUGGGUUUUAAGGUUUUCCUUCUUUUUGGUCUUGCACUUGUUCUUCUCUUCUCUGUGGAGGCAGUAACUAGGGACUUGGUUGAGACUUCCAAUGAAGAGAAAACACAGAAGGCAAUGGACAAGCACGGUGGAUACCCAGGUGGAGGAUACCCUUACCCUGGGCAUGGAGGAUAUGGAGGACACCCUGGUGGUGGUGGUGGCUAUGGAGGCUAUCCAGGUCAGGGAGGAUAUAGAGGCUACCCACCUGGCCAUGGAGGGCGCCCUGGUGGUGGUUAUCCAGACCCAGGCCAUGGUGGUGGUUAUGAAGGAGGGCAUUGCCGAUUCGGUUGUUGCGGUGGCCGUGGUUACCAUGGAGGUUGCAAACGCUGCUGCUCCUACCUUGGCCAAGCUCCUGAUUCAGAGAUUCAAGGCAAACAGCCUUAG